CAAUCAGAUCAGCUGACACGCAAAUAGCUCUUUUAUCAGUUCAAUCGAAAUAUUCGCAUUAUUAUGUUUGCUUAGCUCUUUGGAAAACAAUUAAAUGUGAAUCACAAGUGCGAAAGGCGAGACCAUCCCCGAUAGCCCCGUCAGCAACACGGCCGUCUCGGAAAAUCUGGUAAAAUGCGAGCCACACAGGAGUGAAAUGUGGACAAAGGCGCAACGAAUGAACGGCCAAAUGAGCAGCCCAUGGAAUCCAGACAAUGGCGAGGAGCAGUGCGCCCUCCUGGCGGUGGAAAGCUCCGGGAGCUCGGGUGCAGCUGCCUCAGGGUCCGACGAGGAGGCGCUGCCCAGCACUGGAGCAAUCCGCAGUAAAGCCAAGCUGAGAAAGCUGCAGCACAGGACUCGGAUGCCGCAGCGCAGGAUGUUAAGACGCCUCGGCUGCUACACGUUCUGUGCCAUUGUUAUCUUCCUGCUGUUCCUGGUGUACCUACCACUAAUCUACUUCGAUGGACGCAAGCGUUGCGCUGGCCUGCCCGACUGGACUCUGGAGACCUCUCGCAGUACAGCCGACUACCUGGAUCCCGGGCACGAAACGGCUCUCAUUGUUCCCCGGGACUUUUGCCGAAACAAGACCUUCCUGGUAAUCGCCGUGUGCACCGGCGUGGCCAACUUCGUUCAGCGACAGACCAUACGCGAGACCUGGGGCAACACCACCGAGUUCAACUACCCAGCCUUUGUCAAGCUCCAUGGUCACCUCAAGGGACACUACCUGCCGCCUAUGCCGGAGCGCCUGAAGCUGUACGAGGAUUACCUAACUGGCGUGGGUGACUCACUGAUUGCCUCUGUGAGAAUUGUAUUCAUUGUGGGACGCCAGCGGGAUGAGGCUCUUUUGGGCAACGAGACGCUCACCCGUAUUCACAAUGAAGCGGACCAGUACAACGACAUCAUUCAGGAGAACUUCGUGGACAGCUACAACAAUCUCACGCUCAAGUCAGUGAUGGCGCUGAAGCACAUCAGCCGCAGCUGCUCCAAUACCUCGGCCUUCUUUCUCAAGUGCGACGAUGAUACCUUUGUGAAUGUGCCCAAUUUGUUGCACUUUCUGCUCGGCGGUACUAUACCAUUGUACAACGAUACACUAGACUAUCAUGAUCGGUCCACCUUCUUGGUGACUGCGCCGCAGAACCGUCUGAAGGCCAGGAACGAGGUGAUGUACGGCCAUCAGUUCUGCAACGUGGCGCCAGUCAGCGAAGUGAACAGCAAGUGGUACAUGCCCUCGUACAUGUACAAGCCGGAGACGUAUCCCAAGUACCUUUCUGGAGCCGGCUAUCUGAUGUCCAUCGAUGUGGUGCAGCGUCUGUUUGAGGCAUCCCUCAAUACGACACUGGUCUACCUGGAGGACGUGUACAUCACUGGUCUGUGUGCGCAAAGGGCGAAGAUCAGCCGCCACCACCACCCGCUCUUCAGCUUCGCCCACUCGAAACAGCCAUGUGCUUUCAAGGGCAGCAUCACACAGCACCAGAUGAAAGAUGAUAGCAUGGUGGAGGCCUGGCACCAUGUGGCCAACUACUCCAUCAAGUGUCCGGCCCCGGGGCGUUACUUUAGUCAAAUGCGAUUGCGUAAGCGUCCUAUUUGUUAAGACUAGGCUUCGCCUACACAUUUUCCCUGCUCUCUUGAGAACCCGAAAUACUAUAUUUACGUUGCUUUGAUAGAGAUUUUCGAACUUAGUUCCUGAAAUUACUCGUAUACGUUCAUGAGAUAAGAUUCGUUUAUAGAACACAAUCAAUAACUUGAUAACCAGACAAAGGUGAUAUGUAACCGCCUAUGGUGAUUAUAAUUUAAAGUUUUGAGUAGCAUACAUCCGAGUAUUCCUACAUUUCAAAACGAUAAUUGUACAAAACUCAUUCAGUUAAAAGUACUAAAAUUGAUAAACGCCCGGCAUCCAAUCUCCAUAUCAAUGUUAAAAGUAAUGCACAAGCAAGACAUAGGAAAUAUCUAGAUUUCUGAAGCUUCCCGGAAACUUUAUAAAGACAGUUUUUAUGAUAGAAGUGUAAGUAUUUAUAUUUUGUUUUUCAGAAAUGAUAUCAAACAUAUUUAUUGAACCACUGCUCUAAAUUAGUUACUAGCAAUAACACUUCCCGCACAGAUCCCCUAAUUUAAAAUGAUAAUAUGUUUAAACAUUUUAGUAAAUUUAACGCUUCCUUCCCAAGCCUCUGGAUUAAAUUAAGAUGUUUUGAAUCGCGCACAAAGGCGUAAAUCAUUUUGUAAACGUGUGAUAGAUAAAAAAAAAAAACUACAUUUAUUGCAUCAGAUUGCCAAAUUUCUAGUUUUGUCUUUGUUGAAAAGCUAAAUAAAAUCAAAGAAAUCAUCAAA